GUCUGAGGACUGUUGUGAUUUAAAAAAAGACAUUCUUUAAGAUUAAUUUUGGAUUUAAUUCAAAAUUUAAGACAAUAACGCUUCUCUAAAACAAUGAAAUAACCUUGGUGGGAGUUUGACAGCAGGCUUGUUUAUUUUAUUGUGAAGAUCCCACUUCCGUAGUUUUUAGUUCCCCCUCCUCACCAACUCUAACUUGACAGCGUGGGCUUCAGUUGAGAUCGCCGUGUUCUUCUUUCCAUGCUCGGAGCUGAGUGGACCUAACUGAGAGGUGGACUUUUUUCACGGUCGGGUUCACUGUUUUUUUUCUUUCUUUCUUUGAACAUAUUGGCUUGACUUUGAAACUUCCCACUUGGUGAAUCCAGUGAGGGGGAUAAAAACAGAUGAGAGCCAUCAAGGUGGUGUCUGUGAACUUUACAGCAUCCUUGGGAGCUCACAUGUGCUGAAGAAGAAAAAAAGGGAGUAAAUUAAAUGGGUGUCAUUGCGCUCACUAAAUGAUUUAAUCGAAAAGACUCGAAGUUUAACGUGUGAGACAGAAGUGUGCUUUUGAACAAGAAAAAGAACAUUUUGUGGUCAAGACUAUGUUGAUGAAGGAGUACCGCAUCUGCAUGCCUCUCACCGUGGAGGAGUACCGGAUCGGCCAGCUGUACAUGAUCAGUAAGCAUAGCAAUGAACAAAGUGAACGUGGCGAGGGGGUGGAGGUGGUGCAGAAUGAGCCCUAUGAUGACCCUGAGCAUGGAUCGGGCCAGUUCACUGAGAAACGGAUCUACCUCAACAACAAGCUGCCAAGUUGGGCCAGAGCAGUCGUGCCCAAGAUCUUCUACGUGACAGAGAAAGCUUGGAAUUAUUACCCGUACACCAUCACCGAGUACACGUGUUCCUUCCUGCCCAAGUUCUCCAUCCACAUAGAGACGAAAUACGAGGACAACAAAGGGAGCAACGAUAACAUAUUUUGCAGCGAGCCCAGAGAUGAGCAAACUGAGGUGUGUUUUGUGGACAUCGCCUACGAUGAGGUCCCCGAACGCCACUACAAGGAUUCUGAGGAUUUGCGCUAUUUCAAGUCCAAGAAGACCGAGCGUGGCCUCCUGCAGGAAGGCUGGAUCGACAUGCAGAAUCCCAUCAUGUGCUCCUACAAGCUGGUCAGCGUCAAAUUUGAAGUGUGGGGCCUCCAAACACGCGUGGAGCAAUUUGUACACAAGGUAAUACGAGAUGUUCUCUUGUUGGGACACAAGCAGGCCUUCGCCUGGGUGGAUGAGUGGAUUGACAUGAGCAUGGAGGAGGUCCGUGAGUACGAGCGAGCCACCCAGGAAGCAACCAACCUGAAGAUUGGCACCUUUCCGCCGUCCAUUGCCAUCACCGAGUCUACCCUCUGCUCUAGCGCCCGUAACGGGCCCAACAGCGCCCCGUCCACCCCCCUGUCCACUGAGGCCCCCGAGUUCCUGACUGUGCCUAAGGACCGACCCCGCAAAAAGUCAGCCCCAGAGACCCUAACCCUGCCUGACCUGCAGGGCCGGCGGGAUUCAAUUUUCAAACUUCCCAGCUUCUUCUCGUGGAACUCCAGCCCUCAGCCCGAAUGAGAAAGACGCCCCACCCCCACACCCCCCAACCCGCGCCUUGAAGUGUUCUCAACGUGGAUGCCUGGCACAUCCUAUAAUAACCCCCUCAGCAAGCUGAAGGAGAUUUUCAGCGUCACGGUGGUCUGACCUGCCAGCAUGCAGAAAAGCUGCCUCACACGAUUUCCUGGAGGUUCGGAGAUAUAAAAGCCAGAAGCACUCUUGGCCCCAUUAAGUGUAGCAUAUAUUCCAAAAAAUUUAAAUGAAAAAAAAGCCCACAGUUACUAACUCGGGUUGUGGAUGCAUAAAUAUUGAGAUUGGAGUCACAUUCACGUAUGGUGUCGUACGGUGACAGUUGUAAUGUUUUAAAUAUAGUUCAUGAAUGGAUAGGUUUCCAAUUACACCAUCUUGUGUGUCAUAGAGGUCAGAGAAUACAGGUGAUAGGUGAAGCAUUAAGUUUUAUUCAAUUGUUAAUUUAUCCGAUUGAUCUAAGGGUGGUGGUGACAAUCAAAACCUAUCCAUACACAAGAAUACAAUGAAGCUCCGCUACACAAGAGUGAUUGUGACCAAGAACAAAUACACGGGUAAUUGACACACCACCUAAAAAGAUUUAUCCAGUAGUUGCUCAGACAACAAGAAAGGAUCAAAGCUCUACUUUUGUCUAAAUUAAGGUCCUCAACUAUAGUUUGACAGCACCAAGUUGUCAGAAGAUGAUGGCAAACCAUUACUUUUGCCAGAAUGAAGGCCCUCAAUUCACUUCACUGAACUUCCUUGGCACCUAGACACCACAAGGUGAUGCCAAAACACUACUUUUGUUCAAAUGAACCAGCUCAAUUCACUUUAACAUAGUUCAUUGGCCUUUAGAUGCCACAAGAUAGUGGUAAAACUACUUUUGUCCAAAUGUUUCUUCAAUCACUUCAACCUGGUUGGUUGGCACCAAGUCAUCAAAAGAUAACAUCAAAGCACAACACUCAACUCACUCAACAUAGUUCCAUGGCACCAAGCUGUCAGAAAAUGGAAGGAAGGCCCUACUUUUGUCUAAAUUAGGAAAUUCAACUCACUUCAACAUAGGUCCUCGGCACCAAGUUGGCAUAGAGCAUUAGUUUUGUCAAAAUGAAGUUCCUUAAUUCACAGUGGCAUUAAAAAAAGUAUUGCCCCACCCCCCUUCUCAAAUGGUUUGAUUUAGAAAUAGUUUUCCCCACUUGAGUGUUUAAGACCAAAUAUCAGAUGUAUAUGACUCAUCUGAAGUUAAUCUGCGGUUUUUACAUGGUUAAUACCUGGUAGGACCAUCAACAAUUGAAAUCAAGCAUUUUUAGAUACAUGUGGCUGUAGAGAUAUUUUGGCUAACCUUUCAAGGUCAUGCGACUGGAUUUCAAACAGAUGUGCGUUUGGUGUUUUGGAUCGUCAUCCUGCCAUAGAAGGCAAGUGGGUCACAAACUGAUGACUGAACAUUCUUAUUCAGGAUUUUCAGUUAAAUAGUAGAAUUCAUAGUUCCAUCACUCACUGCAAGUUGUCCAGGUUCUGCAGGGGCACAGCAGCCCAAGACACAUCACAAUACCACUAUCAUCUUUGACUGUUGAUGUGAUGUUUUUUUUUUUGAAACAUCAUGCUACAUUUAUGCCAAAUGUAACAAGAAACACAGCUUCCAAAAAGCUCAACUUCAGUCUCUCUCAGUCCAUGUAAUAUUCUCCCAAAUGUCUUGGAAUCAAUUACAGCUUUUGCAAAAGUAAGACAAUCUCAUCUUUUGUCAUCUUUGCUUUGCUUAGCAGUGGUCUUUGCCUUGGAAUUCUGCCAUGGGUGCCCUUUUUUAACCUGAGGAGAGGCAAGGGAACCCUGUAAUUCUUUACAAGUCUUCCUGAGUUCCUUUGUGGGCCCCUGGAUGAGUUAUUGCUGUCCUCUUCAAGUAAUCUUUGUAGGUCAGCCACCCCUGGGAAGGUACACCACUGUUUUGUUUUGUUUUCUCUAUGUGAGUAUAAUGGAUCUCCCUAUGCUUGGGUGGAAUUACAAUUUUUUUUGUCUAGCCUGUCCUUUUCAGCUGCAUGGCCAUGCAGAAUGGUGUAUCUCUAUGCCUUUUGCACUGGAACAGUUUUGCUGUGCAAGAGAGGAGUUUGAGAUACUUCCCCGACUAAUUUUUCAAAUAUUCAGAUUUUUAAUGAAAAUGCAACCAGACAGAGGAAGAUAGUGGACAACGGGGAAUAGGGCAUCAAACAACUAACCAAUGGGACAAGAUGAGAGCGCUCAGAAAAGGGGAAGACAGAACAGGACGUGGGAAAUGAGCAAGGUAGUGCUACUGAUGAGUGUUUGUUGUGGAAUGCUUUUAUAGUGUCGAAACACCUCGAAGAACCUGUGAUUGGUAUCUUAAAACUUGUUUUAAUGAGAAAUGUAACCCUGUAGUGUGGAAAUAGGAGUUAUAAGUGAAUAAACACCAUAAUCACAUGGGAUAUUAGUCAACUGCCCAGCACAUUGAGGGAGGGUGGUUGUGUCUGAUCGUUAAAGUGGGGAAACUGUUCAAAAAUACAAUAAUUUCAAAAGGGCGCCAAGACUGUAGUUCCUUUGCACCAAGAUAACAAGAUGUUACAAUGCACUACAAAUGUAGAAAUGAAGCUGUCAACAGUUAUUUGGCACCAAGAUGCCACAAGACGUCAGCUAAGUAAUUUACAGAUCCACACACAAUAGAUAAAAAAUUGUGAUAGAGAUAGUUAUUUCAUAUAUCACACUUUCUGAACACAAUGAAAAAUGUGUUGCCUGGUUGUAAAUGUAUUUGAACAUGAAAAAUAAAUUAUAUGCUCCAAAUGUAGAGAAAAUACUGUACAUAUUGUGUGUG